AUGUCGACAUCCGCUUCUGAAAACAUUGAAUUGAACAGUCGGGAAUUCGAUUUAGAAGACGAAGAUCGAUCGUCAUCAAUUCUCCUCCGAAACACUGAUGGCGAUUUUGAGUACGGCCAAGCUGCAGGGUAUGAAAACGAACCACUUGCUGAUGAUGAGUGUUUAGAAAACUUUAAUAGAGAGACAGAAGAAGAAAGACGCCAAAUAGAAAAGCUCGAACGCAGAAUGCAAAAUGAAGUUCCUCUUGAUUCUUGUCCAAAAGAAUGUAGAUGUUGCCACGAAAUUAUCAAUUGCAUGAUUGAAAUUCGAGAUCAUAUGGUGGUAUCCGAAUUAGGAAGGCAGCCAAAAUGCAUCACAGAGCAUCCAGGAUUUGAUUCCAUUUGUCUCAAUCGAUGGGCAUUAAAUUUAGCUGCCAAUCUUUACCAAAGACGAGAUGGAGUUAGAUAUUGUAAAGAAUUCUUGGAGCAAAGGUAGAAGAAAUUGAGGAGAAAAUUGAUACUUUCAACAAUGAAACAGAAUCAAGAAUGAUAAAGGAGAAGCAACGACUCCAGGUUGAAAAUAGCUUCAGGAAAAUUGAACGUAGUUGAAGCACCUAGCGUACGCUCGAGAGGUUUGGAUGAGGACUCGUGGACCAAUGAAAACACGAAUGAUUCCCAGCAUGUUGACGACGAUAAAAGUUCUAGGAAGUCACUAUAAAGACCACGACAAGCAGAAUGUAAACCACAAUAACCAUGUUGUAAUUUAUUGAUGAAAUUCACCACCAUUGUCAUUAUUUCUUCUUCAGUACAAAUCAAUUAGCUUCGAAAGAUUAAAAAUCACACGAAAAUUGCCAUUAUAAAACGUUUGCAUACCUUGAUGUACUGAUGUUAGAGAAGAAUUUUCAAAAAUGUUUAUCUACGUUCAAUGAAUGUAGUUGGAGAGGAGAGACAAUGAGAGUUGCAAUGGCAAAGGAACAUUAUCUUGACAGAUUAAGAAGAGAAAAAGAAAGUUUUAAAAAUCAAGAUUUGGUCACACCCAAAAUACUUAAAUCAUCCACUGUAGAUAACAUAAAAUCUUCAAUUCCUGUUACAACAAAGAACCACGUAAUUUAUGACUGUGAUAAUGUUGAUAUAAAUUUUGUUAAAACACAUCAUGGACAGAAAGUUGUAGGUUCUAAAGCUCUUGGCUUGGGAUGGAGAUUUCUGGCAAUGACGAGGAAAACAAUUCUGAAGAAAAUAAUCUUGAAGACAUUUUCCAGAAGGAACAUUUUGAAGGAAGAUCAGGCGAAAAGCUUAUGGCAAUGCAACAAAGAUUUGGACACGACGUACGUUUUAAAAUGGACGAACGGUUUUUGGACAGUGACGACGAAUCGAAAUCAGAAAAUGACAUAUAUAUGGGCGAUGAUAUUGAUGAAGAAUUAAAGCAGGAAAAGCAGUUAUCGUGGAAAGUACUUCAUGAAGUAUUGGGUCAAACUUUAUUGACGAUCGAAGAUGAGAAAGAUAUAAGAAAUGUUUAUCGUGACUCUAUCGAUGUUCAUUACGAUCCAAGUCGCAAAAAUCAUUCAAAAUUUGAAGAGGAGGUUAAGAAAAAGAAAAAUAGAGAUGAGGCUACACCUGGGACGGAGGAUGUCGAAUUAAAUAAAGAAAAUCGCGUGAACUUUUCAAACGAAGGCAAAUUACCGAUAAAGUCCGAAGAAAAAUUUUAUGCAGUCUCUGAUUCAUUAAAAGGAUUGUUGGGCAAUAACGACAAGGACGCUGAACUUUUUUCCUUUUUUCUGAAUCGAAAAAAUUGAAAUAUGUAAAUCGCAAGAAUAAAGAAAGAAUAAAAAUUGACGAAUGGAAAGGUCCUGUUAAUCUUUCACUGCCAUAUGACAGCAGUGAGAGUGAAUCAGAUGAUGACUCAAACACGCAUUAAAAUUUUACUUUUGCAAAGAAGACCAAAACUUUUCUUUUAUACAAUCCAAAAAAUAGAAAAAUGUUGGAGUCCUUGUAAGCUGACUGUUCUUCAUUUGUAAGGAAAAAUUCCGUGGAAAGUCUUACUCAAAAUUGGCUAAAAACGAGAAAAGAACUGACUGAUGAUUAUAAGAAAAAGAGAAAGGAUGCUUUAAGAAAACGAAAGAGAUUUACAAGAAAAACGUAAGGAACAGUUCGAUGUUUGUAAACAUAAGUUUACCAUAGAGGAAUUUUAAAAAUAGCCUACACAAAUGUCUUUCGAAAAGUGUCUUAUCUAAAAAAAAUAUUUUAUGACUAA